GAGGAUUAAAUCUUCAGUGAUUGCAAAUCUUUUGCCCCUUUUCAGUCGAAACAAAAAGAACAAUGAACAGAACAAUUAACUGAGAGGUGUGGUGUGGAUUACAACAACUUGUAACUUGGAAUUCUUGACACGGCCUGCUCAGGAAAUUACAAUAAACAGUAGGCGCAUUGGAGCUCGAGCUAUCAAUAAGUUCAGUGCUUGCCUUCAGAUGAUCGGAGUUCCUCCUAUAUAUAUAGCCUGAAUCAUCCAUCAGUUCUGCUACUCAGUCAAGAAGACAAGAACUGAAGAAAAUUUUGCUGCUGAACUUUCUUACACAGGAGGGUGCAAGAAGCCAAGACUCAUGAGGGUUCUGAACUGGAUGCAGAACAGGCUUCAUGGGGCGCGCUGCAGCAACAAGAAUUCAGAGUUCAGCACAGGCUCCAAUCAACCAGCUGCUGACACUUCCGUUCUAACCGGACCUCAUCGUGACGACGACGACGACCUCCAUGACCGCUGGGCCCCGGUGAUGCUGUCGAUUGGGACGUUUGGUGUAGGCGAGGGUCGGGAUGCGCUCAAGAAGCUGCAACAGGAGCUCACGUUGAUCAUGAGUGCCAAGGCGGAGGAACGCGAGGAGGACAAGAGGCGUCAUCACCUGUUGCUGGAGAGGUCCUUGAAUGGAGAUGGAAGGAUAGUCAAGCACAGGUCGUUCAGGAAACUUGUAACCAGUGUAGUCCGUGGCUUCCUGCCCAGACCAAGGCUCAGGGGAACGAUGCCUGGAUCCAGACCUAUUCAGAUCCCCUUGCCAUUGCUCUACAUGGACAUACUCCUCGAGAACUCGGCAUCGUCAGAUAUGAAGAUCAAGAACUACCAAACAGCCGUGCAAUUUCACAGCAGCAGAGAUGCGGAGAAGGAACAAGAGAUCAAAUGGAUCAGAACAGAUUCAGAGUACAUCGUGCUAGAGAUCUGAACUCACAAGACGGCAGCAAAGAACAGAGGGGAACAGCCUCCUGAUACAAUUUUGUUUGGUACAUGUACAUGUCUAUUUGUAAAAUGUUGUCAGUUUACCGAAAUACAGUGUUCCGGGUAGUUUUUCACUUCUCUAGUUGAUUGUGUAGAGGCCCCGAGGGCAUUGGUGAGGUCUACCAAGACUAACACCAAUACCCUUGGCAGCAACUGAUCCUAGCAGCAGCUGGUUGCAAGCAAACUGAAAUAUGCACAUGCUCUCUCCUCAA